AUGAUGGCACAAUUAGCUAGAUUUGCCUUACUUUUGAUUGCUUAUUGGGGUCUUGAUACUUCGUGUGGCAGUGAGAAGGAUAUCAGCGAGGAGGAUUACUACAAAAGUAAGUCUUAAACCAAUCCCCUGAUGUGCAAAUAUUUAGGUCACUGACGUCCAAAAUCACUCACCACAGUAGAAGAUGUUGCGCAAGGUCAGGUUUACUCGGCUUCUUCUCCCAAGAGUUCUUACGAAAUUUUAAAUCUCUCAAAUAACAAAAAAGGUGCUGUAGUGGUUUCAUUUCACCUUCUUGAGCAUUCACGUCAUUAUAUCCACUGUUUCUAGAUUCUAGAAACUCGAUGUGCAACACACACUAAACAAACGCGCCAUGUUAAAAAAAGAUCAAUUGUUUAAUGACCUGCAUAUUUGAACGUACACUGACCCAAGGGCACCAUAAGCUGUUUCAAGAAAUCAGCUUUAGGCAUAUUAACCGCCUGUAAUGCAAUGAAAAUAGUUUCCUGGUAUUUUCAGACGAAAGGAUAUUUACAUCAGAUGCAUAUUUCGUCCAUCAAACGACCAUAGCCUCUGUAAAUAUGGCAAUCGUGAAAACAACGACAAUUUUGUCUUUUGUUCUCUUCGCCGUCAGGAUUUCAAAACAUUCCACCCGCUGCUGAAACGGCAAAGAAGCUCUACAAGAACUUCUUCGGAGGGGAAGCCAGGAAAAUCCAAAAACGACAGAUCCUGGGAAAUUUUUUUGACGUAAUUGUUGUCGUUGAUUCAUCCAGCUCCGUUAGCAGUGGAGAAUUCCUGAAAGGAUUGAGAGCUUUGCGAGAUCUUGUGGGAAAAUCACGAAAUGACACAGUCUAUGCCGCCGUUACCUAUGCAACUCGUGCCAAAAUUGAGUUCAACUUCGCUUCGCGUUUCAUCGCAGAUGAAAAAAUUGGCGCCAUUAGGCGCACCGGCGGAAAAACUAACACUCAGGCUGCGCUCAAACUUUGCAAAAGGAUGUAUGUUGAAGCUCAAUAUGGCGCCCGGCAAGGAAGCUUUCACAGAAUUCUUAUCGUCACAGAUGGCCAGUCCAACAUCAAGAGGAACGAAACCAUUCCCAGUGCGUUUGAACUUAAACUGAUGGGAAUUGAAAUAUUUGUAAUCGCCGUAGGAGAAUACCUUGAGGGGAUCAAAGAAUUGGUACAGAUGGCAAGUUCAUCUGAUGCUCACAUGUACCGUGUAUUAAAUAUGAGUGGACUAGUGCAGAUGAUUAAGCUUAUUCCUGAUCAGACAGGGAGAAAAACAUGGAUUGAAGAAAAUUUUGGACAAUCUGAGGGAGACGACGAGGAAUCAAGUCCGUUAGGAAGACUUUAA